AUGGCAGCCCCUGCUGCUCUCAGAACAUUAUUCUGUGCAACUCUUAUUCUCCUUCUUGCAAAGGGUUCUGUCCAGUGUACUUUGGAUGAUAUUGAUAUUUCACAAGAUGAAACAGGAAAACAGGUGGAAGGGAAACCAGAGUACAAGGUAACUGUGAAUAACGAAUGCGAAUGUACACAUUGGAAUCUGACACUUUCAUGCCCAGGAUUUAAUACAGUGGAGAAGGUUGACCCUUUGAUCUUACGCCCAAAUGGUAGUGGCUCUUGCCUCCUCAAGAAUGGUACAGCUUUUUAUGGUUUUGCCUCGCUCAGUUUCACUUAUGCAUGGGAGACUCCCACCUCUUUUACUCCAGAAUCGUCUAAUAAUACAUGUCCAGGAACGAAUAGGUUUGGUUUUAGAGAUGGGCAUUAUUAG